GCAGGGGGAGAAGAAGGAACGAGGAGUGGGGAGUGCACAUGCACGCAAGGGGGUGACGUCAUUCUAUCCCGCAGAGACUCCGAUAAUUGUUGUUGUAACUUGUUAGAGAAUAUGUUUGGUCAUUUCGAUCCUUAGGAUUGAUUUGCGCGGGGGAACAUGGAUGAGGUGAUACCGUGACAAGUUGACAACUGCCGCCGAUGCGUCAUCCUACUCCCAGUCGGCGUCAUCGUCAUCUUCUCUUCUCCCCGUGAACCUCCCUCUCCUCCCUGCAUUCUUAGCCUUCGCUCUCGCCCAAUUUCCGAAGCUCUUGGCCACCCGGUAAUGUAUGAUGCUAGUGGGAUUAGACUUCAUGCUGGCCAGCAAGUUGAAUUGCUGAACCAAAUGGUUUGUGAAUUCCCUCCAGGACACCCUUUAUAUAAUGCUAGGCCUCUACAUGAUUCUCUUGGUCAUACUCCACUUCAGGUUGUUGCUGGUGCCUUCCUGGUAUUUAUUAUAGCGUAUCUGAUGAAGAACUCCAGUUAAUGACAUUGCCAAGCCAACAUCGUAAACCUUUGGGAAGAGAACAAAGAGCUCUCACUUUCCCAUUUAUUGAAAGGUUAUAAAACGAUACAAGAUCAUGGUUUCGGGGACCAAUACUGGCUUCUUCCUUUUUGACAUUGGACCAAAUGGGUGCAGCCCGAAUAGCUGGAUUGAAGAUUUGGGGCUCCCAUUUGGAGGGCUUCUGUGUUGAUUGAACUGCGUUGACUGGAGCGGCUUCGGAGUUCGGAGAAGUUACCUAAUGUAGCUUCAAGGAAAGUCAAUUGUUUGGCUUGUAUAAACCUAUUUUUGGUUUUUUCAGUUUUUUUACGAAACAUGGCUUAACAGCUUGCUAGCAUGUAACGCCCGAGGCCGCCGCAAGAAAGCCCUUCCAAACGAACACUUGCUUACCAAC